AUGAUAUUGGGGAUAAAGACCACUUCUCUCAUAUUUAAAGAGCGAGGUAGUAAAUCAACGGUCAUCAUUACUCAUCCUUCAACUUUUGACUACCAAGAACUCGACAAUUCUUGGGUAGCACGAUUCUUUAAUGGAGCAAAAAAGUUGCAAAAAGAGGAUAAGAAAAAUAUCAAUGAAAGAAAAAUAUCAGCAAAGAAAAUAUUAGCAAAAGAAAAAUAUCAGCAAUUAAAAAAGUAUGAAAUUCAACCCAAUGACAUUGAAUCUGUGUGUAGCAAACGUGAAAAAGAAAAUGUGGUGCCCGCUGCGUCUCGUCCAAAAAAACUUUUCUAUCAUGACAUUCUUAAUGAACUUAUGAAUAAUCCUACUCUUAUACAUGGGUGUCUAAAUUAUUUUUCUCAUGGU